CCCAGCCAAGUCACGUAACACUAUAUACAAUGCUAAACUAGUGUUACUGUCAGUACAAGGAGAAAGAGAGAGAGAGGAACAAGUAAGAAAGCUACUGCAGAUUUUACAAUCAUGUCAAUGGAUGGGACUGAAGUUUCUCCUGAUGUAAAGGCAAUGUAUGAGAGUAUCAAAAAACACCACGCCAAGAAAUGGGCUUUCUUUGAAAUUGACAGGAGCAAAAGAGUGGUCCUUACUCAAUCUGGUGAAGGACGCGAUAUUACAAAAAGGGAAGAGGACAAGAAAAUAUUUGAAGGAGAAGUGAAGGCCAAACUGAGGGAUGACCAGCCACUGUACAUUCUGUAUGACUUUGAGUUUACAACCAAAGAAGGAAGGCUUAUUGAAAAAAUUGCUUUUAUAACUUGGGUUUCUGACAGGGCUCCAAUUAGAGACAAGAUGUCAUAUUCAUCUACUAAAGAUGCAGUUAAAAAAUGUUUUGAUGGGCUAUCAAAUGAAUUUAAGUUAAACAAUAUUGGUGAUGCUGAUUACGAUACUCUUGCCGAUGAAGUUGAAAGGAAAGCUUGAUAAUAAUCCACAAGGAACUGUCAUAAAUAAUAAUAACAAGUAGUGACUCAACAAGCUAUUAGUAGUUUAGUUAUAAUUUAGCUAUUGUAUAGUUUAGUAAUUAAUAAUAAUAAUAAUAAUAAUAAUAA